GUUUCGCCGAGCGCGCCGGACCCGCUCCCCGCCGGUGGCGAGAUGCGUUCGGGAGCCGCCGCGAGCCCAGCCCCGACAGCUGUGUCCCAGGAGUCCCCGUGACCAGGAGUCUUGCACAGGGCUGCCCACAUGCCAGGGCCGGCACCCCCAGGCUGGAGAAGCUGCUGAGGGCCAGUAGGAAGCCGUGUGCCCUGCACUGUGUCCCAUGCAUGGGGUCCAGAGGAGGGAUGUCCCAGCCACGUCUCCUCACCCUGCUGGUGCUGCUGCUCUGCUGCCAGGGUCCCUCUGCCCAGAUCACGGAUAACGUCGUGGAGAGGUGGAAGGAGUACAGCGAGGAGUGCCAGCGCAACAUGAGCCGCCAGCCCGCGCCCACGGAGCUGGUCUGUAACCGCACCUUCGACAAGUUCUCCUGCUGGCCCGACACGAUGCCCAACAGCACAGCCAGCGUGCCCUGCCCCUGGUUCCUGCCCUGGUACCAGAAAGUGAAGCACAGACACGUCUUCAAGACCUGUGGGCCGGACGGACAGUGGGUGACAGGCCCGCGGGGACAGUCCCUGCGCGAUGCCACACAGUGUGAGCAGGAUGACGAGGACCUGAAGGCGCAGGAAAAGUUUGCCAGGACCUAUGGCAGCUUCAAGGUGAUGUACACUGUGGGCUACUCUGUGUCGCUGUGUGCGCUGCUGCUCGCCCUGGCCCUGCUGCUGGGCUUCAGCAAGCUGCACUGCAUGAGGAACUACAUCCACAUGAACCUGUUCGCCUCCUUCAUCCUGAAGGGCGUCUCCGUGCUGGUCAUCGACGCCCUGCUCAAAACCCACUACAGCGACAAGAUCGACGGCUACAACGUGCAAGUGUGGCUGAGCGACGAGGCAGCUGCAGGCUGCAGGGCAGCCACGGUCUUCAUGCAGUACGGCAUCGUGGCCAACUACUGCUGGCUGCUGGUGGAAGGCAUCUACCUGCACAACCUGCUGGUGGUGGCCGUCUUCUCCGAGAGGAGCUACUUCACCCUCUACCUGUGCAUCGGCUGGGGGGCACCCAUGCUGUUCCUCAUUCCCUGGGUCAUUGUGAAGUUCCUCUACGAAAACAUCCAGUGCUGGUCCACGAACAACAACAUGGGCUUCUGGUGGAUCCUUCGCUUCCCCGUGUUCCUGGCCAUCCUGAUCAACUUCUUCAUCUUCAUCCGCAUCAUUCAGAUCCUCGUUUCCAAGCUCCGUGCGCACCAGAUGCGCUACACUGACUACAAGUUCAGGCUGGCCAGGUCCACGCUGACGCUGAUCCCGCUGCUGGGCAUCCACGAGGUGGUCUUUGCCUUCAUCACGGACGAGCACGCCCAGGGCACACUGCGCUACGUCAAGCUCUUCUUCGAUCUCUUCCUGAGCUCCUUCCAGGGUUUGCUGGUGGCCAUUCUCUACUGCUUCGUCAACAAGGAGGUGCAGGCAGAGCUGCUGAAGCGCUGGCAGCGCUGGAAGCUGGGCAAGGACCUGGCUGAGGAGUACAAGCACACCUACAGCCACGCACCCAGCGCCCGCAACGGCGCGGGCAGCACCUGCGAGAAGCACCAGCUGGUGAGCGGCUGCACCAACGGGCUGGGGCGCAGCCUGGGCCCCCCGGGCGGCUCCCAGCGCCUGGAGAGGGGCGCCGCAGAGCACCUCGCCCUCGGGGGCCACCACCACUGCUACGAGUUCCCGGAGACCACGGCCGAGAGCCACUUCUGAGCCCGCAGCCAGCUGCGAGGGCUGCGCUGAGCCGGGCCCGGCCCCGUCCGCCCCUGGUGCCUGGGCACACGGACACAGUGAGGCAGGCAAGGGGCACCUGGACCUCUGGAAGGGAGAACUGUGGGGCCAGGGGGAUCUGUAGGGGGGGAGUUUGUCCCGUGGUGCUUCCUCGUGCACCUUCGAGUCCCCGUGCACAGUGCUGUAAUUUAUCUGUCAUAUCUGUAAAUAGGUGUGGGCCCGUGCCGGGCUGCAGGGCCA